AAUUUUCUACACUUCUCAAUGGUUCUACUGCCUGGACUACUCAGGAGAGUCUUUUGGUACUCAUUGGAGCACAUCUGGAAAUUUGUGAUGGUCUGCUACAUCAACCACAACUCCACUGAUAUGAGGCCACAGUUCUUGCUAACUAGUAUUUGACAGGGUCCCCAGGAAGAGGAAAAGGAGAUUGGUUGGAUGUAUCUGAGAACCCUUCACUUUGAAUAGGUCAUGGGUCAUCAUUGAUUACUUGCUCUCGUUUCCCCUAAAACAAGAGUGCCCAAGCGUUUUGUCUGAGGGAACACAUUUCAAUUUUUUUCCAACUCUGUGGAGCCAGUGAGCAAUUUUCUAUGAAUGACAUUCUCUUCAAUGACUUGAUCUUGGGAUGUCAGAGAGUGGAAAGAGCAAUAGAUUGGGUCUUACUGAAAAACCAUCCCAAGACAGAAGUAUCGAAUGUUUUGAUUGUAUUUUGCAGGAAUCAAACAAGUCCCCACCAUCAAGUCUCAAAGCAGUUUCUGUGCGAGGGGAGAACAGGACCACAGGCCUGAUUUUACUGGUAUCAGUCAAUCGAGGUUGCAUUGACAUAUGGUGCGGAAGAUCAUCCAGAUUAACUGUUUCAGUUUGUAUCCCAUUUCUUCAACAUCAACUUCCUGAAGUUUAUAACACCUUCAAAGAUGAAUGAAGACAAAGAGUCACUGUUAGGGCCAACAGCAGCAUCUGAAUAUCAAAUGAUCUCCUUGUUUGAGAAGGAAACAAAAUCGAGUUAUUUUAAAGAGGUGCUUCCACCACAGCCAACUAGGUGGUCAAAAGAGAACCCAGAGUCCAUCAAACCACAGCCCCAUAUCAUCAACCAAGUUGCUGUGACUUGUCAGAUAAAGAUCAGCAGAAAACAAAAGGCUGAGGAACAGAAGAAGAGAAAAAUAAAGCAUGAACGUUACAUGCAACAGUUCCGUAAAACAACUUAUGCCAUCCUCCUAAGUGUUUCGAAACCUCAAGAUAAGCCAAGAGCUGUUCACCCAGAGAAAGAUCCUUUGAAGUGGCAGAGAUUGACGCAUCUUAUAAAAAGUUUAAGUUCUCCUGUUCCACUUGAGAGGAGAGAUGCUGCCAAGAUUCUGCAAUGCCUUCGAUCUAACAACCAAGAAGUUGUUUCUGCCCUUUAUACCGCAUUACUAACAGAUGAAGACUCUGUGGUGAGAAAUGAAGCUGCUAAUGCUCUGGUGAUCUUGGGUUAUUGGAAAGAGGAGGUGGUACUGAGAUUAAUCCAACUUAUAAAGGAGUCUACAGGAAAGCUUCUGGAGGACAUGAUGAUAAAUUUGAGGAACUCACUGUGGGAUUGGGCUACUCAAUCUUUAGACCAGAGGUCUGAGAUCAAAGCUAAGGAAAAAUUGGUUUUCAUGUUAAGAUCAUUCAUGACAACACUGCGCUCCAAAGAUAUGGUUCCUGUGAAUGCUACAGCCUGCCUGUGUUAUCUCAACAAAAAUGAUGAAGAAGCAAUUGACUAUAUAAUGAGCUACCUUCAGGAUGGCACCUCCUACCAGAAGGAACAGGCUCUGGAAGUGGUGGUCAGAUUCCUCAGGAUAAAUAAACAAUACCAGAUCCAAAGUCUCCUGGAGCAGCUCCGAACCUCCCCUGUCUAUAAGCACCGAUUGAAGGCAUUGGAUUUAUUAGCCUUUGUUGGAUUGUCGCACAUCACAAAGGCUGGCAUGUACCAGGCUGUGCUCGAGGCACUGAAGCAGAAACUGUGGGAUGACCCUGUUCUGGCUGUGCGUCGACGGGCUGGCCUGGUUGUGAACUUGCUAGAUAUGAAGAUGACAGUCUGGAAGGACAUGGAACAACAACUGAAAGAUGAUGAUGCAGAGGUCAGAGGUAGUGCAAUCAUGUCACUGGGUGUACUUGGAUUACCUAAUAACAGAGUGCUCCAGUUGCUGCUAGACAUGGUGGAAGUAGACUUAAGUCAGUAUGUGCGAUUCCAGAUAAUACGGACCUUUGCUCAAUUGCGUCUGAAUGAUCCACGCGUAAAGCGCAGCCUGUUGAAUCGGCAGCUUGGAGAGGGACCAUUAGCCAGGUACUGUAAAAGAAUAAAGUUAAAGGAUCAUAUAAGGAGAAGGAUACAGUUCUGUCUACCUCAGUCACUAAAUAAAGAAAGCAAGAUCCUGGACUCACUUCUCAGAAGGUGAAGUAUAUUAA